AUGUCGUCCUAUUUCACGUCGUCAUUAAAUCGAGUUGUUAGUAGCAUCAAGCGAACGGUGAAUGAGCUGGUGAGCGAGACUUCAUCAGGCAAAGGAGGCGGAGGAGGAAACCAAAGCGGAGGUGGAGAAGAAGUAUUAGUUAAGCCAAAUUGUUCAGUGGAUGGCAAUAAGGUCUCCGCUGUGGAUCUUAUUUCAAUGCGUUCUCGACGCAGCUCUCAAGUUGACAUUGUUAAAAAGCCACCUACACGUCAAGAAAAGAGUGAAAAAGAUGGCACCACAAAACGGUUAUCUUUGGCUGAAAUUUUUGGAGACAAUGCAGAGGCCCUCCCUCCUUCACAUUCAAAAUUGUGUGAUUCACUGAAGAAGGAGGAAUUGAAUAAAUGCACCGAGACGGCAGACACUGGCAAACAAUUGUUACUUGGGGAUUCAAAGAAGCGAGAGUCGCCUAGUUUGCCGUCACUGAGCACACUGCCUGAAGAGGAGGGUAGUGGAAAGCCUACAGCGAAUUCUACCAGAGGAGGUGUCAAUUCAUCUUCCCCAGGUUCAAAGACUGACCCCACCUCGAGGGGUCAAUUCAAUGUAGGCGAACAGAUGAAUGAAGUCAAAUCGACUCCUUCAAUUGAGGAGGAUUCCUCCGAUCCGGCUGAUGCAGGAAACCUGUUUCGGUAUGAUACCCUCCGCUGCGCUCUCCACUGCCUUCUCCUUCUCUCAGAUCAUGAAAGCUUGUCUGUUAACCUCGGUUCCAAAGCGGCAAUUGAGGAGGUUAGACAAUGCUGGAAUGCAACAAGUGCUCAAGUGAAAGCUCGACUUGAGGAAUUGGAGAAGAUGAUGACAGCAACUGAAGAGUUAAAGACGUUGGAACGCGAACUCGACAGAUGGCUAGCACGAGCUGAAACUGAUUUGGCCAACGCCCUUUCCAACACUCAAGAUGUCGUGGAGAGAAAGCGCAUCAUUCAGGAAAUAAUAGACAGUCUACCUGCUGGGGAGACAAAAUUCACAACGCAUCAGAAUAAAUGUGAAGCGAUUCUGGCAAAGUACUCGAAAGAGGACACUCAAAAGUUCCGCGCUGAUCAGGAGGCCAUUCAAAUGCGAUGGUCACAACUUGUUUCGAGCAGGUGUGAGGAGGUUUCCCUACCUAAGUUCGGCGGUAAGGAGGAUGAGUGGGAAGUCGGGUUUCUACUGCUGAAGCUCGGAGCAGCUGAACAACGGGAGGAGGCAAACUUUUCAGCCUCGAAGGGAUUGAAAGGCCUUUUUGAUGAGCUUCGAGAGUCCCUAGAGGGUACACCACAACCUGAUUCGGAUUUGAUUGAGAUCCCAAUUGCCUCGCGUGCCAGAGCUCCAGAGACGGAUCUACAGAAGAUAGUCCGACUGCGAACUGUCACCUCCCAACGGUCAGGAACCGACAACCCCAAUGGGCGUUUCCUUCAACCAGAGUCGAGAAGUAUGGAAUCGUCCCUGAUCGAGAAUUACAGAAGUGGAGUGAACAAUCAAGGACCUACUUGCAGUACCCUGGGUCGGCAUAGCUUCGACCAGAAGGCUCCAAGAGAUGACAUUUAG